AUGGAAGCUGCUGUACGUCAAUAUUCAACGCCAUUUACGCGGGGCCACUAAUCAUCUCGUGCUAGGUCCGCUGGUCACAGCACUCCAGCGGCGAGACGGAGAGGUUCCUACUCGUUGAUGUCGUGGACCAGAGCCUCACCCUCAAUCAUGUUCAUCAACGGAGUCGGAAGCAGGUCGGCUACUUUCCCGUAGCUCGGUACGGUAGACUUCCAAACUUUGGUGCCUUCUGGUGGUCUCAGACCGAUGAGUCGCUUGUCGCGCUCGGUCUAGUCUCGGGCAGCGCCUGUCUCGUCAAGCUACGUGAGGAUGACCAACCCUCGGAAACGGUCGCCACGUUCAAGCUCAAACAGCAGCGAAAGUGCAACUCCAUCGCUCUCAGCACCGACAAUUGGCUGGCGGUGGCGUUAGAUAAGACCCGCUCGGACGUCUGCCUCAACAUAUUUGACGCUAAUAGAGGCUCACAAAGCCCACCCGACCCGGUCAGAAGACUCUGUCCCGCAGAGGUCGUAUCGAGCGUUCGAUUCUUCCCCAGCCAGCCACAGGAGCUCAUCGUUGCAGCACAACGAUCCUAUGUUCGACUCUAUGAUCUGAGAGGUAUGCGUAUUCACACCUUCCAAAUGUCAUGUCUCUAACUGCAGAUGUAAGAUGGUUACUUCGGCGGCAAUAGCAACCUACAGACCGCUACUCGGAAUGUCAACAACGUAGCCAUCGACCCGCUGGACGAACACUACUUCGCGUCCGCUGGACCGACAGACGAGCCGAACAUCACGGUAUGGGAUAAGCGCUGGAUAUCACAGGCAUCUGCUGGUGGAAACGGAAGCGGCGCUGUCUUCGACUUCAAGCCUGUCGUUGAUAACUCAUCAAGAACUACCGUAUGGAGUCUGCGGUACUCGGGUCAGCAACGCGGGCGAUUGGGUAUCUGCUCCAGCCGGGGAGAGCUGAAAGUGCUGGACAUGUUCGAAAGCCCAAGCUCUAGCUUGAACGACUCCGACUAUGCACCGCUAAACCCGUAUGGCGGAACGGCCUGGUCCUGUAACCGCUAUGUCUCCCAAUCUCGCAGCGUCGAACGACCAGUCGAAGACACAUCAGACGAAAUUGAGAGCAUGUCCAGAAUCAUCGCUUUUGAUUGGAUCUCGACAGGUAAACUUGCAGAGCAGUCUGUACUCGCUCUUCGACCCAAUCGUAAACUAGACGUUUUACGCGUUCCUUGCACAACUCCACAAGCUAGCCUCACAGCUCGAGGAGACUUAUGCAUGGCACUCGAAGACAUCUGCAUUGCUCAGACGAAAGCUCGUGGAGAAGCGGUGAUGCCUCAAGCGCCGUACGAGCAGCAGAGGACGGCAGAGGAUUUCGGCCCACUGGAGUACAGUGGCGAAGCAGGCCACAUUGAUGACGGCAGCGCAAAGGUGUCAUGUGCCGCGGAUGAUGUACGUGUCGCUGCCGUACUGGCUCCAACAACCAUUCAGCGCGAGAGGUGUCGGCAAGGCUAUUUAUUCGAUUGUGAGAAGAAUAUGAACAUUGUGCAAGGUAACUGGCAAUUGGAACGUCUCUGGGAGAUCAUCAAUCGCUUCCGAGAACACGCAGAGAAUGGCGGCAUGAUUGCGGAAUCUCUGGAUCUCAGCUUUGUGGGAGUUUCUGGAAUAUGCUCGGAAAAUAUCGGCAACAUCUCACGAAGAACACUUUCUCCAUCGAUCGGAAAGCUCGAAGAUGCAGUGUACGCCCUGAAUAGCUCACGCGAGUUGCCUGCGUUCGAAGGCGAGCGCACGGAGCUUCCUGAACAUCGACAGCUGUGCCUCGAAAUCUGUGGCUGGAAGUUCACUACUGCAAAUCUUGAGGCUGAGUGCUCAGAACUGAUCGAACGCGGGCUCUACUAUCAAGCUAUUGUCCAAGCUGUGCUCCAUGGCUACAAGCACACUGCACUCAACCUUUUGAGAUCCUUGAUCCGCAGCAGAACCGUACCCAACAUCGGACUGGGGGCACUUUUGGCCUCCGAUAACAUAAACGAGGAACAGCGAGAGGUUCGUAACCCCUUCCCGUAAUUUGGUCCUGCUUGCUGACAAGAUGCAUGCAUGUAGAUGUGCUUGUGGAUGUCGGCUGACACCGAAGAUCCUGCCCUAAAGGCUCUUUUGACCUUUCUUACAACGGGUAACUGGCGAGACGUUAUGAAGACGAACUAUCUCCAUCUAGGAUAUCGCGUUGCACUCGGCUUGAAGUACCUCAACGACACCGAUCUGAACGGCUUCAUCGAAGGCGAGACUGCAAGAGCGGUCAAGAAUGGCGACUUGGAAGGCAUAUUGCUGACCGGUCUGGGUGAGAAAGCCGUGGACUUGCUGCAGACGUACGUCGCAAGGACAAACGAUCUUCAGACUGCAGUACUGGCAACUGCUUUCACCAACCCUCUGUAUGUCGAUGAUGUGCGGUGGGAGUUCUGGAAAGAGACGUACUUCAUGCAAAUGCAGAGUUGGCGAGCCUUUCCGGAGCGAACAAGGUUCGUCGUGGAGCACUGUCGCAUGGCGAGGACAAGAGAGGGACAGACGUUGAUUGAGCCUGCUCCUGCUCAGGCUGUGCUGCAAUGCAAUCACUGCAAGCGGUCCCUGGCGAGGCGCGAUGGUCGCUCAAUAGUGUCUUCUCGGCCACAACAGACUGGGAGCACAAAGGGAAUACCAGGACCUGCAGCGAGCGCAGGAAUUGUGUGUCCAAGCUGCGGGCGGCACAUGCCCCGCUGUAGUAUUUGCAGGAUGUGGCUUGGCACCCCAGAUCCUGCUAGCCGGGGAGGAGCAAAAGAAUUGCAAAAGCUGGGCGAUGUGAUGGGAAAGUUCCUGACAUUCUGCGUCAACUGCGAUCACUGCUUCCACGCAGAUCACGCAAGAAGCUGGUUCACAAAGCAUAAGGCCUGUCCCGUCCCAGACUGUCGAUGCAUAUGCAUGGUGAAGUAA